AUGGCGGUCUGCGGUGGCGGUUUGCGGUGGCGGUCUGCGGUGGCGGUUCUCGGUGGCGGUCUGCGGUGGCAGUCUGCGGUGGCAGUCCGCGGUGGCGGUCUGCAGUGGCGAUUUGCGGUGACGGUCUGCGGUGGCAGUCUGCGGUGGCAGUUUGCAGUGACGCGGUUUGCGGUGGCGACCUGCGGUGGCGGUCUGCGGUGGCAGUCUGCGGUGGCGGUCUGCAGUGGCGGUCUGCGGUGGCGGUCUGCGGUGGCGGCCUACG